AUGGCAGACAGGACUUCGAGAGCUGUACCACCACCGCCCGGCGCCCCGCGACGAGCAGUCCGGCGGAAUCUGUUCCAGGGACUCACGAGGCGGGCGACGGGGGCUACGACGACGGGAACUACAGGGCAGCCCAUGGCCUCUGCUACGGUCGGCGCGGCAUCGGUAUCUUCCACUGCUGCUGCUGCUGCGACGAUGGGAGCAGCAGGGGUAGGAGGACCAGGCGGCAGUGGUUCGACCGCUGCUACUCACAGUAACGGUAACGGCCAUGUCGGCGGUGGCGAGACGCUCCGCCUCGACGUCGACGUUCUCUCCGACGGCGGGCCGCCGUUCGCCAUGGGCCCCGCGGAGAUUGUGGUGCGCGACGAGCACGGCGAGAUUGAGCUCGCGGACCUGCCUACGCUGGUGUUUGACGAGGCUGAUGAGGCUGCUACGAUGGAUGAUCGGGAGGAGAGCAAGAAAGAGCGGCAACGGCUCGCAGAGGCGGUGAAGCAGCAUCAAGUCAACCAUACCGCCGUCCGUGAACAGCCCGAAGAGCUGCUCGAAGCCGUCAAAGCCAGUUUACGAGCCAAAGUCUCGGCUCUCGCCGACGAUAAUUGGAUGUACGAGGCCGAGCCGGAGCUGCCCCGUGGCUUCUGA